AUGUCUGGUGGCGCUUGGGGAAGGAACUUGGGCUACGCCUUCGUGAACUUCGUGAACGCUGAGGCCGCGGUGGCGGCGUGGCGCUGCUUCGAUGGCUUCUCCGACUGGGCGCUGCCGAGCCAGAAGGUCUGCGCGGUCAGUUGGAGUGGCCCACAUCAAGGGCUUGAGCAACACGUGGAGCGCUACCGCAACUCCCCUGUGAUGCACAAGAGCGUUCCGGAUGAGUAUCGCCCGGUGGUCUUCGAAAACGGCGUGCGCCAGCGGUUUCCUUCGCCAACCAGGUCCUUGAAGAAGCCAGACCAGACUCAUCGCAACCGCUGA